GCGACGGUCAAAACACCCACACAUGCGAGAGCGAGACCGGCGCCUGCAAAGAAUGACGUACUUCAUCACCACCCUGCUGUGCGUUUUCGGGACUUCCUCUGCCUUUGUUGCGGUGUCGCCGCGUUUGAAACUAUGCACACCAGCGAGUUCCAGCAAUGACAUGUUGCGCAUGUCACCUCAAGAAGGGCCGUCAAACCGGGGUGAUUUCUUGUCCAGUGCCGCCGGCACAAUCGCGGCCGCUGCGGGGCUGGGGGUGGUCACGGGAGGCUUGAAGCCCGGAGCCGCGGUAGCCGAUCAGCUGGGAGAUCUAGACGGCGGCGCGCCUACGCCCAUGGGGGGCGUCAAGCUCACGGAGGGGGAACCAUUGUCCGAGGAAGCGGCCAGAAUUCAGAGGAAGCUCGCGGCUCAGGCCAAGCUCAACGGGAAGAGUUCGUCGGGACAGAUGACCUACGGGGAGUCGAGGGCAGCAGAGGGGGAGAAACAGCAGCGGCUGAAGGACGAGGCCAACGACAAGGCAAGGCGCCGGGCAGCGAUGUGCGAGAACUUAGGGCGUGGCUGCUAGGGCAUAGAAACUGUAGGAGACCAGCCAACGAUGGAGCGCUGUGCGUACAGCGAGGGGCUUGGUUGAUUAUCACGCGCCUUUCCAGUCAACUUUGCUGCUGCUGUUGCUGCU